AUGAGGAUAAAGCUUCAUCUUCAAAGACCUAGACAGACUACCGUAUCUCAAAUAAGUUCUGAAAGCCUUACAACUUUACUGGAGAAAUUAUUUAAACGCUUUCAUUGGGAAAAAUAUUUUUUAAUCUGUGUAUCGAAAUGUUCACGUAUGCGUAGAAUGAAUUCUCUUAGCGAAGACGUAGCAAAGGAAAUUCGGCGGCUUAAUAACAUCCCUGAAAAUGAGGAAAGUCCAAACGAUUAUGUAGAAGUUCUGCACUUAUUUUUCACAAGUUUGCCUUCAAAUAAAUUGCUUGUGACCUUUGGCAACCUAAAGGAGUUAGUUAUAGUGGGUCAAAAGGUUCCGAACCUGUUUUUUCUUAAAGACUGCACCAAGUUAACAAAGCUAUGGAUUUGUGAAUGUGGCCUAGAGUCAAUGAAAGGUCUUAAAUGUGGAGCCAAACUGGAAGAGUUGUACUUGUAUGACAACAAACUAAAAGCUGUAGAAGGACUGGAAGAGAUGAGUUCACUUUGUCGACUAUGGUUGAACAACAAUGACAUAACGCUUUUGACUGGUCUUCAAGAUCUGCAAGAAUUGAAUGAUCUCAACGUAGCUGGCAAUCAAAUCGGUCGUUUGGAUACCUCUCUUAGCGCUUGUACAAAAUUGGAGUCUAUCAAUCUCUCAGGAAACAAUUUUUAUGACUUACCAGAUGUGCUUUCUCUUGCCCUGCUUCCGAAACUGCAUUCGCUGAGAAUAAAUGAUGCUGAAUUCACUCCAAAUGCAAUCUCUUCGUCGUCGUUCACUUGUUUGGCUCUGAUACAUCACAUACCUCAACUCUGUAGUAUCGAUGGAAUGGACUUGAGGGAGCCAUUUGUUGGCCUUCUCCAAUCUAUUAUUUGUGAGAAAAAAUUAUUUUACUUUGCCAAAUUUCGUCAUCAGCACAAUUUUCUCCUCAAAGCGCAGCACAAUCUUCUGAUACUAAAAAGACGUCUUUCGUUGCCUAUCAUUGAGCGUCUUCGACUUUUGGAUCUGCAAAUUCGAUCACUAGGAGCUUAUGCUAAUGUGCAAGAAAGUACUUCAAAGGAGGUCAAAGCGCUAGAUCAGUAUCUGAGCAAAAUUCGAGUUCGAAGUUGUUGGUGGAAGAACAAAUUAAGCAUUCUAGAAGCUGAGUAUGAACACUAUGCAUCUGCGUUAGCAAUCAGGUUUAAAGUGAAUCAGUGCCUUCACACCGCCGAGCUUCAGAUGUUCGGCUGCCUUACGGUCAACCAGAUAGACCGUUCUACCGAACUUUUCAGCCUUUGCAGACGUUUCUGUCAGAUGCGGGUGUGUUGGCAUGAUCGAUGCUUGGAGGGGUUUUCUGAACUACGCCUGAACAAUCUUUGGUACAUUCGAAACGUUCUUUUGAAUGACAACUGUCAAAAAAGUCUUACAAAGGGCAAUAUCACAGAGGAACUCCUCUUUUACAACUGCAUAUUCGCCACUGAUGUGGAUUUUUGUCACUUGGGCGAAUUUUUGCGCUCCGGAUUUCCAAGUGAUGGAAUUGUUGGGAGCUUUAGCUUUACCACACUUUUGAGUAGGCUAUUGAGGCUUGAUUCUUUCCCCACUGAAAGGACUUUUAGCACAUCAUUUGUCGUCCUGGUGGUUCGAGCCCUCAUAAGGGAAGAAGGCAACUGCAUUCGUACUGGAAUCAUCCUAUCUCCAAAGAGUUACACACUAGCAAAUGGUAAAAGGAGAUUUUGUGCCUGCUCCAUUGCUCACUUUGAAUAUGCAUUCACCGAGACUGUCUGCUUAAUUCCUGAAUUUCUUGUCGAAUUGGAGCUCAUUUCAACCUCCUAUUUAUCCCAAAUGUCAGCCUUUACAGGUAGGGAUAGCAGCUGUGCCUCCACGCGAACGAAUUCCAUGGAAGGCACAAACGUUCGUGGAAUAGAUCGAGAUAAUGAAGUCUUGAAAACCAAACCUGAUGUUCCCUUUCCUCCGGAUUUAUCUGAAAGCGAUUUAAGAAAUGCAUUGCGUAAUUCUUGGUUUUGUUCCAUCUCUGGCCAAACUUUGGAGUCAAUAACAGAGCUUAAUUUCCAUGGCACAGGUUUUCGAUCAUUUAGAAGUCUUCGAGAGCUUCCCAUUUUGAGGAGUCUAGUGCUCUCCAACUGUGGAAUAACAAGCCUGAGAGAGCUGAGUUUGCCUUUCUUGGAGACACUAGAUGUCAGCCACAAUGCUUUGCACUCGCUGAAGAGUUUGGAAAGUUGUCCAGCCCUUCUUACCCUCGAUGUAAACUGGAAUUUACUCAGCAACUUGGAAGUUGAAGUAAGACACCUUUCGUGGGUUGCAGAAAAUCUCGCUACCAUUCGACUGGAGCAUAAUCCCUGGUUCCGAAACGACCGAGUUUCCGAACGUGCACAAUCUCUCCUUUCCUCUCUAUCAUCAUCUCCGAGGUAUGGCUUUGAUAAUUGUUCCUAUGAUGUGGAAUCCUUUCGGAGGACUCACAUCUUUACCACUUCAAGAACCUACAUGCUCACCCUUUGGCCCAUUGUAAACGUGCUAUCACGAAAGCUCUCUGGUCAAGUCCCGGAUCUCGAUUUUUUCAUGCAAUCCACCCGCCUUUUGACUCAUCCUCCCACAUUUCCCAAAGUUGCGUUGGGAUAUUUAACGGCGCUUACAUUGAACAAUGUAUACUUGGUUGAAUUGAGCUCUCUGUGCUUUUUGGAGCAUCUUCAAGAACUGUCUGUAGAAGGUAACAACCUAACAUCACUUACUGACCUUCAUCACUUUUCCAAGUUACGAACCCUCCUUGCGGCCGACAAUUUUAUCACCUCGAUUGCAAACUCCAGCUUUAAUCACAUGACGAAUUUGCAGAUCUUAGCUUUGGACAACAAUGAAAUAGUUAAUCUAACACCUUUGACAGAUUGUUUGUCCUUGAAACAACUCUUUCUUACGAGUAAUAAGAUAACCAAUUACCAAUCAGUAUUAGCGCUGAGUAAUCUACCCGAGUUGAAGGUUCUCGAUCUACGUUUCAAUCCCCUUAGAACACACCUCUCGAAGUAUCGACUGCGAACUCUCUACCACCUACCUCAUCUCGCCUUUCUUGACGGUGUGGAGGUGAGUGAUGCCGAAGUAACUGAGGCUAGAGAAGCUUUAGACGGUCGCCUAUCUGCGGACUACGUUUUGGCUUCUCUGGGAGUGGAGUCAGCAGAUCGGGUGACUCAUUUCACCUACGAUGAUGGUGGGAUACGUUUUGUUGAAUUAGAACCACCGGAGGCUUUCUCCAACCUUCGCACUCUUAAUCUGUCAAAUAAUCGUCUCACUUCAUUUGAAAGUCUACUUCAACUGGAAAAUCUUGAGGUUCUUUGGCUUCCAGGCAACAAAAUUUCAAUGCUUUGCAGCAGCAUAUCUAAUCGUGAUAUGAAGGUUAAAUACUUACCUAAAUUAACUGUCUUAUCUCUAGCACACAAUGAUAUAACCUCCCUCGUACCCCUUCACCUCAACCGAUUUCCAGCUCUGCGCACCCUCUUCCUCCAGGAUAAUGCCAUAUCCACGCUAAGUGGUCUGAUAGAAAUGAGCAGUUUGCGUCAUCUAGUCCUCGACCGCAACAAAUUUCGUAAACUUCUGUUUGUUGAGUUUGCCAAUCUUAGUCGUUUAGUGGAGCUGCAUUUGGAAGGCAACCGUCUACGUGAAAUUCCAUCGAUGGAGCACUUAGAGGAAUUGCGUCACCUCUACUUGGGCGGAAAUAAGCUAGAAAACCUCGUAAACACAUUGGAGAGUUUUGCGCCUCUCAAGUGUCUCACUCACCUAAAUCUCAGUGAGAAUCCCCUUUCGAAAUCACCUUCCUAUAGGCUGGUUGUGUGCCAUCAUUUGCCGAAACUUCAAUGCCUCGAUGCCAUUGAUGUUACUCCUCGAGAGUCGCAAACUGCUGCAAAUCUGUUCGGUGAUUCAGAGGAUCAAUCGUCACUAAAUACCGUCUUCGAAUCCGAGCAAAUUUCACUUAGCCCUCUGGUUAGAGAGAAGCAAUUGUCAAGACCGUUCUGGAAGAGCAUGACAAAUGCCCAAUUUAACCUUCCCUCAGUGACAAAAGUGGUAGAAACUAUGCCAUCUGAAAUGGCUUUCAAACAAGUAGGUAAUGCCGGUGCCUCAUCGAUGUCCUCACUCAUUCCACCAGGUGUAGCUCUUUUUCCAUCUGCAUUGAAGAAAAACUUGUCACAGCGACGACGACCUGUGGAGGCAAAUAACGUUUCAAGGACAACUGCAAUGAGGAGUAACUGCAAAAGGAUUGUCAUGUCCAUUCCGGGAAUAAGCAUAAAUGCGAUGGCCCACUUCACUUCUCAAGUACCAAAUGCACCCAAUACUGAGCUCGCAGAUGAGUCUGCGGCUGUUGGUCUUUAA